ACAGCAACAGCACGUUGUAGUGCACGUUUCUGUUUUGAUCACAGUGUGAUUACUCGUGUGAUAUCUGUGACUGCGCUGUGUUAGAGGUUUUUUUUUUUAAUCCUGCGAUGAGGAUCAUGAAGAGACCAAACAUCCUCCUCACAGGAACCCCAGGCGUAGGGAAAACAACACUUGGAAAGGAACUGGCUCAGAAGACCGGACUAACGUACAUCAACGUUGGAGAUCUGGCCAAGGAAGGUCAGCUGUUCGAUGGCUUUGAUGAUGAAUACCAGUGUCCCAUCCUGGAUGAGGACAGGGUUGUGGAUGAACUGGAGGACAAGAUGACUGAAGGGGGCGUGAUUGUAGACUACCACGGCUGUGACUUCUUCCCAGAGCGCUGGUUUCACAUCGUGUUCGUCCUCCGCACGGACAACACCAACCUUUAUAGCCGACUCGAGAGCAGGGGUUACACAGGGAAGAAGCUUCAGGACAACGUUCAGUGUGAAAUCUUCCAGACCAUCUACGAGGAGGCCAUGGAGGCAUAUAAGGAGGAGAUCGUGCACCAGCUGCCCAGCAACGAGCCCGAUGACCUGGAGAGGAACCUGGAGCAGAUAUCACAGUGGAUCGAGCAGUGGAUGAAAGACAAUAACUGACACAUAAACACUUAAAUAAAUACACACACCGAUGGGACAAGUGUGCUCCAUCAAGCUCUAAUAUAGAUUUAUAUUCAAACAUUGCUAUGUUUCUCACGGCUCUGUUCCUCCCGAAUUAACGUGCUGAGUGAAUUAAAAUAAAUUCUUCUGUAGUGUAGUGUACACUCGAAGGGAGGAAAAUGCCUUUAUACAGUAUAGAUGAUGGUCUGAAUCUAAGAAAAACACUGAAGUGUCUAAAACAUAUAGACUUUUCCUGAGACUGAUAUGCUGAAGAAUCUAAAAAGGUUCUAGAGGGUGUGUACUCAGUAUAAACAAAAUUAUAGUUUAUUUUGCGCAUUUAUCUACAAAACUAAUCAAUUCCAAGAAAAAAAAAUGAAGUAUGUAGGAUCCGACCGCCUUCCUGGCGAUGUAUGCUGUUAGAGUUAAAAAGUGUUUAUCUGACAUUAAUAUUUUGCUUUUUAUAUUUAAGCAUUUUUGUUACUUAAAAAAUAAAUAAAUAAAAUAAGAGCCAAAUGUGAAAAUUAA